AUGAGAAUACUAAAAGAAAUUAGAAAUUAAAUUAAUUAUAGAAUCUUGAAUUAAUAUUCAGUUGUCAAUAAAAAUAAAUAAUUAUUGAAUUUAGUCAAGUCUUAUAAGAAAUCUUUAUAACUUAAUUCAGACUUAGAUUUUGCUGGAUUAGCUAUUGUUCUUAAGAAUGUUCAACCCUAUGUAUUUGUUCAGGCAUCAAAUUUUUUAUAAGAAUAGAUUGGGUAUCAAUGAUUUUUAUACAAUAAGCAGUGGCAAAGAGAGAAGAAGUAGAUUAACUCCAAUUUUAUUAAAUUGAGAAGCAUUGCAAAUCUGUCAAUAAAAAUCACUUGCAUUUUGUUUACUUGAGUUGUUUAUACAAUUCCUACUUUAUAGAAAACUGCAUGUUAUGUGAUUGGUUCAAUAAGUACAAUAUUCAUUAAAAACAAAGCAUUUUUAAUAUGAAGAACAUCAAUAAUCUUUUAGAAAAAGCAUAUACAAGACCAAUUAGUCAGUAUAUUAAAUCCCACAAUCCAUAUAUUUGA